AUGACAGAGUUAAUCAUGGAUCAGCUGAUCCUAAUUGAUGCAGUCUUAUAUAUCUCCCCAAGGCAGGAGGGAGAGAGGAGUGAAUUCAAUAUGGGGCUCUGGUUUGUCCUGGUAGUCUGUCUAACCUGGGUCACCUCUCUCAGGGGUCAGGAUGCUCCGCCAAACAGUGUAUUCUAUGGGUGUAAUAACACUUUCGUAAGCGUGGCUGUUAAAGAUGACCCUCUGGGCUCAAAUCAGAGACUGAACCCUGAUCAACUGACCCUGGGGAGGUGCCCUGUCUCCAGUAAAACUGCACUCUUGGGCUACUUUGUAUUUGAAUACCCGUACCAAGCCUGUGGAUUUAAUAGAAUGACCCUUGGGAAUGCUGUGAAGUUUUUUGUGGAUCUGGUUUACGAGCCUUCAUAUACAACUGAAAACCAGUAUUCUGAGAAUUUUUCUGUCCCCAUAAAAUGCGUGGUAAACAGUUCCAUGACCCCAGCUCCUAUACCUAUGACUACUACAUUGCUUGCAUCUGCAUCUGGAAUGGGUAACCUUAAUUUCAGCUUCCGCUUCAUGAAAGAUGACUUCUCAGGGGCUUCAAAUUCAAAAGUCUUUUUCUUGGGCUCUCCCAUCAACUUGGAACUCUCUGUGGAUAUAGGAUACCACAUGCCUAUGAGACUCUUUGUGGAUGAAGGCAUAGUGACUCCAACUGCAGACACCACUGAACCACCAAGUUAUGAUCUGAUCACCAACCAUGGAUGUUUUGUAGAUGGAAAGGUGGCACACUCUAAGUUUGUGAUGCAAGAUCAACCGAAUCAGAUAAAUUCCAUAUGGCUGACUUUUCCAGCAAUGAAAUUUGUGACAGACAGUGAUGAGAUCUACCUUACAUUUAGGCUGGUUGUCUGGGACCCUAAAAGUGUAACUGAGCUCAGGAAGGCAUGUUCCUAUUUACCUGACGGAAAUAGGUGGGAGCUACUUGGUAAUGCUGACAAUACUGUAUGCACUUGCUGUGAUGGAGUCUGUACCAAAAGCUCCAGAAAGAGGAGGAAUGUUGAUGAAAAUGAAGAUGGUGGACUUGUUCAUACAAUGGUUCUUGGACCUUUCAAAGUACACAGCCCAUCUGGUUCUGCUGAUGAAUCCAGAGCAGCAGAGACAGGCUUUUCUAUGCCACCUGCUGUUGGAGCACUUUUCCUGGAGCUGGCUGUUCUUUUGCUGCUGUGCAUUGGAGUUGUACUGUAUGGCUGGUCCAAACAAAAAGACGGAAUGCUGCCUUGUCACUGAAAUUUGCUUUUUAAAUAAAAGUCUUUCAAUAGUA